UCCUGCUGCUGCUAGGCGACGACAUACUCCCCGCUGGCAAGAUUCCCUGCCUCUGUCUUCUCCCUUUCCUUCCUUUCCUCUUCCCUUCUCUCUCAAACCCUAAAUUUUCUCGGGAAACAAUCACACUCACUAUCCCCAUCGCAAUCACCGCCAUGUUUUUCUUCCUCUCUCACUAACUCGGACUCUUUUCUUCUCUUCUUCUCUCUUUAUCUUCUUGUAAUAGAAAGAAUAAGAUUAUUUAUUUGAUCUCUGUUUCUUUCUCUCUCUCUCUCUCUCUCCUCUCUCUCUCUCUCUCUCCGUGUGGCUCCCUCUCUAUGGGCUGCACGAGCUCGAAGCUCGACGAUCUCCCCGCGGUGGCACUAUGCCGGGACCGAUGUGGGUUUCUCGAUGAAGCAAUCCAGAUGAGGUUCGCGUUAGCUGAAGCUCAUGUUGCUUAUAUCCACUCCCUCAAAGGGGUAGGUCACUCGCUUCAUCAUUUUAUCGUUCAAGAACAUGAUUCGGUCGGCUCCGCUGAUUCAGCUUCUGACGCCAAGCUAAACUUGCCUGCACAGAGAAAAGGAGAUGACAGUAGUUAUGUGGGUUAUGAGAAUAAAACUCCCAGUUCGCCGAAGAAGAAGCCUGGGAUAGCUAACCACUCUCGCUCGAAUUCCAAUUCUGGGUCACAUCUCCAUUUCAACUCGGAUUCUGACGACGAGGAUGGUUCUGGGUCUAUUUCGUUGCAUCAUUCCGAUCAUUCAUCGCCUUUGCAUCAUCACAUCGAUGGCGGAUAUGGUGGUCAAAUUGAGUACGUAGACUCGGGUUUUGGUAAUUAUGCGAAUCACGAUUCUUACCCUGCUGGGUUUAUGCACAUGAAUUACAUGAAAAACAAGCUAGCGCUUCCACUGUGUGUACGAGCAAAGACCAUGACUCCUGAGAGAGUUACAUGGGUGAUCUCAUCUUCU